AUGGGUCUCCGAUUGUACCAAGCGCCUGUCGAGUCCGACAUCCAAUCGAGGUCGGCGGCAGACAAGAACGCUGCCGAAGCUCGAUCCUCCAUUAGACGCAGCCGCCUCCCGACUGCCGAACAACGGCAGCAACGCCGACGUCGCCUCGCUAUCACCGCUGCUAUCAACAGUGGUAAUGCUGCUGCUGCUAGUUACAACUAUGACAACCCCAGACGCCGAUCCCCUCCGGCCGAACGAUCAAGCGGCUCCAACAGCGACAGCAACAGCAACAAUGCGCCCAACAAUGCGGAAUCUAGUCGCGACACCACACGCGACGGGGCUAGUCGUCUAGGUGGUAUGCUCGAUGACCAGGUCAUUGCCUUGUUUGGCAGGCGGUUGGCUCACCUGCAUUCGAUGUCCCAGUACCCAGGCGCCCUAACUGACGAUGAGGAUCCCGAACCUAAUCCUUUCCUCGCGCAUUUGACCGCGGAACCACCUUUUGCACACAUGGCCGUUGAGCCUGGCUUUCUAUCUCGUAGAGUGCCGCCGCCGCCACCGCCGCCCGUAGAACCUCGUACAUCGUCUCAGAUGAAUCGGGGCCCACCUACCCCGAGUCGAGAACGCGCAGCUCUGCGCCGCAUCAGGGAUCGGGCCGCGGACCGGGCCUCGUCUCUGUACGGCACAUGGGGCAAUCCUUACCCGAGACCUGAUGCAAUUUCUGGUCGCCGUCGAGGUGAGCAGGCACCGUCUGUUGGGACGCCGCGACUGGAUGGUUUAGGAGAUCGCAACCGGAGUCUCAGUCCCGAGGGCGACCAUGUAUGGGACAUUUUCACGACCACCCUGACGCCAGACCCGCUAACGCCCAGCUCUGGCUCUUCGUCUGCUUCCGCUUCGGCAUCUGCCGUUGCCUCGCAAAACGCGGCGGCACCCUCCGUCGGGACUUCUGUCACCGUCCCGGAUGCGCCCUCAGAAGCUAUAGAACUUGAGCCAUCGUGUGAGUCGGGAGGUGAAAAUUCCGACACGGAAGGUGAUGAGGAGGACGAGCUGGACGUGAACCCGCUUACUCGUUUCCCUCCUAGCUUGAACAGUAUUCGGCGGUCGUAUGCGGAUGUUACCCGCAAUGAUAGCAGCGAUGACUCUCUGGAGAUCUUGGGCGGUAUGGGAGGCCUGCAGCGCAUCGUGCGCAACCUUGCUACGCGCGAGGAUGUCCCCGAUGAAUGGUGGGCUGAGGCUGGGCUUAGCCGGAUGCUUUCACGGGGUGCAUCUGGGAACUGA